AUUUCAGAGGUGACCAUAGAAAAAUUAAAAAACCCGCUUUCAACAAUGGACCAAGCAGAUAUUGCAGAGAUGAAUAAUAAUUUGGACUUGCUUAGAAGCGGCGCAUUUUCGGAUUGCACAUUUGUCGUUGGAUUAGACAAAAGGACCAUCAAAGCGCACAAAGUCAUUCUGGCUCGGAACUCGCAAAUUUUCGAAAAACUUUUCUCCAGGGCGGAUGCCCCAAGCAGGGUGGUUCUGAAAAACAUAGGCUUUGACGACUUUUUGCCAAUUUUAAGAUUCAUCUAUGCUGGAGGCGAUUGCAUCAAGUCAGUGGAAGAGGCUUGCGCCUUACUCAAAUACGCCGAAAAAUUCCAACUCGAAGGGGCUUUGGACAAAAGUAGGGCGUUUCUCUGGGCCUCUAUGUACCCCGGCAGAAUUUGGAGCACAUACCGAUGCGCGAUCGCUGCGAACGACGACCAACUUGCUCGCGCCGCUAUUGAUUUGGCCAAACAAGACACCGCUCAAGCACUGCAAGAAUCGGACUUCAACGUGGUUCCUAAAGAAAUUCUCGCCGAUUUUCUGCACUCGGAUCAACUGUCGUUUGUACCUCAAUCGGAAAAGUCACCGCAGCGGCACUAUUUGGAGGUCAAACUUUUAAAAGCAGCCAUUAGAUGGGCCAAAGCGGAGGCAAAAAGACAGGGUCUGCCGUUAAAUCCCGUCUCUUAUCGAACUGUUCUUGGCCCUGAACUUCUGAUGCCUCUCAGGGGACUUUUUCUCACCACAAAUGACCAUCAGUCUCUUGAGUUUGGGUCGAAAAAGUUCGAUUACGGCAAAAUAAUGGCGUUGGUGUUUAAUUUGGAUGAGGAAGGGGACGUGGGCCAAUUUAAGGGCCCCCGUCUCGUCAGUGAAGCCCAACGUGUGCGCAAAGUGGUGGGCGCCGAGUUCUGUGGGCCUUUGCGAUACUUCACCGGACAGAACUCCACCUUCUCGUUGGUCAGCUCGGCCCAGUUGGAUUUCCUCGGCAUGCGGGACCCGCGUCUCGUCGGCCUGCAGGUUUUGAGAAAAGAGGGCUGUUUGCAAAAAGACGAAUUCACCGUGUUAGUGGUAAAAUCAGCGGAAAACAAAAUAGUCUACGGAGCUCGCGUGAUAAUUACAGAAACGGGCGAGUGCAAGAAAGGGCCUCAGAGAAUCGAAAUUAAGUUUCCGCGAGAAGUGGCCCUCGAUGGUGAUUCCUCGCAGUUCAAGGUGCAAAUUAUAUUUCAUCAAUCCGGAGAAUACCCAUCGUACGAUCACACGGCGCCAGUGGACGCCCCAAAAUUUAUUAACGCAAAUACUAUGGUGAAUGUGAAAACGCCAAAGGGAAGCGGAAUCAUAACUUCCAUCAUCACAACCAAACCAAGAGGAAGUUAAUUAAAAAUUUAAUAAUGAAUAAUUAGCUAGCGUCAAUAAAAAGAAAUAUAAAACUAAAGAUUAAGUAAUAAAAAUUAAACAUUGUGGUUUGUUGGCAACUGUAAAAUAAAG